AUGGCCGAUGCACCGCUGCCUGUCUCGUUUAUUGUGAGUGGGCCGGUGCAGAUCCUUGUAAUUGGGAUAGUGCUGGCCAUGUCGGCUGUACUAUUUGUCCAGCUGAUAUUCACCGGCCCGUACCACUACCAGCUAAACAAGGUGAAUUUUAUUUUCCAGAUCCUGAGCUCCUUUUUAUUCUUCGCUCUUAUGGCCGUCAUUGCAGCACUUGCUCUGAAUUAUGACAAGCAGUACGGGACAACGUACCCUUACGUAUUCCCCUUUACUCUUGACCCGCUGAUAAAAAUUGGGGAGGAUCGACCUGUGGUGCAGCGCGUCUUUGCCUCGAUACUACCCGCCCUUGCCAUGAUUACCGGCCAUUUUACACACAUCCAAUUCCUUACGCUACUAUUCCCGUCUGCACUGGAAGCGCGGCUUAUUUACUGGAUGCUUGGGCCGCUUGCGAUCAUUGAGGCCGGCAUGUAUUUUUCACAACUCGCGAAUACGCACGUUGUCAAGGUGCGCGAUCUUGGCGACGCGAUUGAGAGCGUCUGCGAAAGCACACUCUCCUUGCUCUACAUGUUUGCACUCACAUUUUGGGGCGUGUUUGUCUGUGGCCGCAGGGCAUGGCGCACCGAUGGCGCCACGACCAUGUUUGGCAGUGCAGCACUCACCCUUGCGCUGUUUAAAACCGUGGUGAGUUUCAUUCAUAUUGCCUACGAUCGAAUCGACUGGAUUCUAUUCAUCAGCUGGGCGCUCACCAUAUGGCAGAGCUGGCUUGGGUUCUGGUGGUGGGUCAGUGCCGGCAUGGGCGUGGGCGAAGUCGAGGACAGACUCAAGCGACAGGCGCGUAUGCGCAAGCGGCACCUGCAAAAGCGCCUAACACAGGAGGAGCAACACGUCGACACAGCCUCGCGGCGCUGGUUCGAUGUGCUUGCAUUUCGACGCAAACGGGGCACAGACCCCGAGUCAUUUGUCAUGGACGAGGCAGUGCUGUCGGAAGAAAGCGCAGAAACGCCCCUAUCGCCGCGCGAAAGCACAGUGGAUACGAGCACCCUGUAUCUCGAGCCGUGGAUCGUGCGCUUCGGCAACGUGCUUGAGCGCUACCAGCCGAGUAUGAUGCGCCGCCGCAUGGAACGACUUCGAGCAGCACACGCACAAGCCGCCGAGCACGCGGCUCGAGAGCAGGCACUGGCGUAUGCACAGGUACAGCACAGGAUGCAAUUCUUCAGCAAGAACCAUGUUCUGCAGCUGAACAAGCUGAUGCAGCGGAUGGCCGAAGGGAAGCGAGAGUCUAGGCUGCAAGAUAGGACUAGCUAUGAGUAG